CUACGGAGUUUAUUUAUGAUAUGAAUUGGGGGCAAUUUUAUUGUAAUUUUAAAAAAAACAUUUAGCGCAGCGGAACUUUAGCCUUCUGAUGAUAAUUAUUUGCGGACAAGACAAUGGAGCACGAAUGAAGCGGAAAAUAAAAAAUUCAUCGGGAGAGGCUAAAAUGGCAGGUGGUACAUCUGUAACGCCAGGUGGAGGCGAGUCACCACCUAAUAGUCGUGUGUGCCGGGACUUUCUGCGUAAUGUUUGUCACCGAGGUAAACGAUGCAAGUAUUUGCACGAACGUUCUGGUGAAACGCCAGUAGAGGAGUACACAUUCUGUCAUGAUUUUCAAAAUGGAAUGUGUAAUUGGCCUGGUUGUAAAUUUAUUCAUUGCACAGAAAGUGAAGAAAAACAGUUCCGAGCAACUGGAGAAUUACCUUCUCAUAUUAUCGCGCGUUUUAAAAACAAUUCGGAAAAAACAGAGUUUCCUUUGUGCAAAGAUUUUAUGAAGGGUAAUUGUCAGCGGGUCAAUUGUAAAUUUAGGCAUUACAAAAAAGAAGAGCCGCAGCUUACGAAUGUUCCUUCACCGAUGGUCAAUCAACCGGUACGUUCGCAGCACUCUGUCAAUGGGACUAAUCACAAUGACAAUCGGAUUCGCAGUGGAUAUGAAGAGUUAGAAAGAAGUGUACACUGGCAGUUUGAAGACCAUCAGUAUGUGCUGCAAAAUAAUAAUGGUCAUGGCUAUACAGCGUCGCCACAAUCAAGUGAUUUUAUUGGUGGACCUCCUGAACCAAAGAGAAGAAUUGUAUCUGGUGGUGAAGCUAUUGUGCAUUUUGAAGCAUCUCCUAUUGUUGGACAGCACACAACAGCUCACUCGACCGUAACUCCCGGGUACUAUUAUCCCGUGAUAGCGAGAAAUGAAGCCCGGGCGAUAGUACUCGAAGAUGAAAAUUCGUUGCUGAGAAAAAAAAUAGACGAAUUGAAAAAACAAGUUAGUGAUCUGACGGCAACAAAUGAAUUUCUGCUUGACCAAAACGCUCAGCUACGAAUGUCUGGUAAACGAACAGCCAAUGUAACAUCAGUAACUGUACCCGCGGUUACCAUCACCAAUACUGUUCCACCCUCCCAAGCUCCAACACCCCAGCAAAUGGUUAAUGCAGCAGUGGCUGCUGGAACCCUACGUACUGUCACCGCAAGUGUCGCAACUGUUCCAGUUAGCAUUGCCACCGUUACCCCAGUGUCAAUAGCUGCUGUGUCGAUGGCGCCUGUAUCAAUGGCUCCGCCGAUUGUCACAAUGGCUCAGCAGACAAUUACCAUGAGUGGUUCUGGGCCUCAACCAGCAAGUCAGCAGCCUCAGAAUCCUCAACAAUCAGCUAGUUUGCCUCUUUCGAUAUCCGGAGCUACUGCUCCAAUGGUAUCUUAUCCGAUUAUGACUCAAGAACUUAGACCUGUGCUACAAUAAAUACGUCUGCCUACAUUAACUUGCCCUAUUUAUAGCAAAUUUUUUUUUUAAAGACAUUGAUUUAUUUUAUUUGCAAAAAUAUUUUUUGACAGUUAAAAUAUCGUAUUACUAAUUCCAAAAGGACUUAUAUUUUUAUACGCUCUUUUGGCUGUAGGAAAAUCUCUAAAGCCAAAAGGACGUAUUAAAAUAUAAAUCUUUUUAAAAUUAGUGACGUGAUAUUUUCAUGAGUUAGAAAAAUAAAAUUUAAAUUAAAUGAUAUUUCACUGUAAAAAAAAAUUGCGAAGUGAACGCAGAUUAAAUUCAGAGUGAAAGCGGAGCAGAUAUUUAUUUAAUUUCCUUGGAGUAAAAUUCACUCUGAAGAGGAGUUUAAAUAUUAAAACUUCAAAUCGGAAUGCGGAUUUAAAUAAAAUCCAGAUCACUCCGCGGAAAAAAUGAACUUCAUAUUUAUUCCGCAUACAGAGUGAUUUUUUUCUGAAACUCCGAGUGGCGGAACGAAUCCGGAUUUAAAUGAAAUCCGUAAUCACUCUCGAUUUUUUAGUGUUCAAAUUAUAUAAGAAGCUUAUAAUGUUAUUUAAUAUUAAUUAUUAAUUACUUAAUUAUUUAACCGAUUAAAUUAUAAAAAAUUACCGCGUGGUAUAAAAAAAUGAUUUUAAGUUUGGCUUGUUAUUAUUUGUGAUUAUAAAUUUUAAAUAUUUAAUAGCUGAUUAAAAAAGUAAUAUACGCGUAAAAUUAUAUUAAUUAAUUGUAAUAAAAGUAAAUUGUCAGUUUAAAUAUAAUAUUGUUGAUGGGUUGAUUGGAAAAUAUUAUAUUUAAUAAUAACUACUUACUCUCAGGCAAAAAAACUAAGUAGUUUAAAUAAUAAUGUUAUUAUUUAUUUAAAUUAUCGUCAUUAUAUUGAAGGUAUUGUGAAGAAUAA